UUAGUUACCAGCUGAAGGAUGAGGCAAAGAUGUAUGUGAAAUCAACUUACAUACCAGUUCGAAGGCGGAAGAGGAGGAAGCGUUUCCCAGCAGCUAUAAUUGAAGAUGACUUGAACUCCAGUUUUUAUUUGUUCAAUGCUUUGAAUGCUGACAGUAUAAAGAAGUUUAAAGCAGACCAGAAAUGUAACCCAAAAAAGAAAAGGAAGCCUAAAAAGUUGCAGAAUAGUGUCCAUUUUGAUACAACUACUGUAGAUUUGAAAGCAGAGAAAGAGAACAGGAAAAAUAGUAAAAUGAAGGGAACUAAGAGGAAAGAGGGUGUUGCUGCAGCAAAAAAGUACAAAUUUUUCCAGCCAGAAGUAAAGGUCUUUAGCGAUGUCACACAGAGCCCAAACACAACAUUUGAUAGGUUACUUCGCAGUUCCAGGAAACCAUUGGUCGACAAAAAUUCGUCGAGUGGUGUGAAACAUCAGGUUGAACACAUUGACUCAGUGCUACUUUCACCUUCGCAUUGUCUACCAAUAGACAAAGGAAGUAACAGAACAAGUACUCCAAUUUUGAUUUCACCUGUUUUCCCAGCAGUUUCAGUUCGUAAUAAACGAAGGAACAACAAUAAUGAUCUGAAGAGAGAUGGCAGAAAUAUGUUGACACAGGAGUUAAGGAAUAGUAUUGAAAAUAUUGAGAAAUCUUCCCAACACCACUCUUCCAUUUUCGCUGCCUCUGAUUCCACCUUUUCACCUUCACUGCUUCUGUGUGAUGCAGAUGACACUGAUGGAUCCAAUGUGGUCAGAUUUUCUGAAUCACGUGCACAUAUUUCUGAAUGUCUUCGUAACAAAGUUGAACAGUGUAAAUGUGUGGAUAGUCCCUUCUCCCAGAUUGCAAAAAUGACUAGAAAUAGUAUUGAAAAUGAAAACAUUGAUUACAAAAUUACACAUCAAGAUUCUUCUGGAAAUAUUUCAAGAAUGAGAUUGAGGAGAACUACAGCAAGUGAAAAUGAAGGGCCUAAUAAUACUGAUAACUCAUUUAAUCCUGAUGAAAGCUUCUAUUCAUCAAUCAAAAUAAAACAUAAAAGGAAUAAGAAAACAAAGAUUGGACGUGACAAAGUUGAUAACACUAGAAAUUCUGAUGAUUUCCUUUCGCCAAUUUUCACAAGAUCUAAGAGAACUAGAGAGAGUCAGGGUGUACGUGAGAAAGCUAUUGGAGUUCAGGAAUUUAUAAGUGUUCAUGAUUCUAAUAAAAGGUCUGGUAGUGACAGUGUGUAUAGUAAAGGUAAAAGCAAUUGUAAUAUUGACGAAAGCAUACCUUCGUCAGUCAGAAUUAAACGUAAGAGAAUUGAGAACAGAUAUCAAACACGUUCUAGUCAUCAACAUCGUGAGAGAUACUUGGUGCCACUAGUUAACGGUUCCCAGCACAAUGAAAGUGGAAGCAAUGGUGACAGCACAACUUGGGAUAGACCAGAGAUUGGCCAACUCCAAUUUGCAAUGACUUGUGAAAGUCCUGACAUGUUCUCUUCUGUGGAUGAGAUUGAAACUGAUAUGGUUGCAUUUAAAUGUGGAACUGUAGUUCAAAAGAACCAUUUGAACUUCUCUGACGAAAGUGCCUCAAGUAGAAAUUUGUCUUCAGUCUCUGUUAUCACAAACAAUUCUCAUGAGUACCAUAGGUCACUCACGUCAAAUGAUGCACAUUCAUUUAAUGUACAUGUAAGAAAAGCAGAGUUCAGCCACUCAGUAUCUUCAGUGGAAAUCAGAGGUAACAGUGAAGUGGAUAGGAAGUCCAUAGGUAACAUCAACUUAUCUUCACAGGUUAGCAAUACACUUGAUCUCACCAGUCCAGUACAUGCAGGACUAUCAGAUUUAAUAAUUACUUCAGUACAGAAUUCAGACUGUGAUAAUGUAGUAAAUGAAGUGUGCGCUAAUAGAAGUAAGUCAUUAGAGGCAGAAUUUGACAAUGGUGGCUGUUUUAGAGCUACUGCAAUUAAAAAUUUAAUGCCAGUUGAUCCUGAAGUAAAUCAGUGCAGCAGAACAACUCAGAAAUCUGCUCGUAGUUCUUCAGAUGCUGCAGUGUUAUCCCCUCCACACAUUGAGACAUGCAUACCUUCAUACAAAGAUAUGUGUACAACUAACAUGUUGUCACAGGCAACUCAUCAAGAAGAAGAAUCAGAGAAUGUGUCUGAUGUUUUAUAUCAAGCUGCUGUCAGCCACGAAUUGAGCUAUUGUAAAGGGCAAAAUUUGGCCCACAGCAAGAGUCUGUACUGUGGAAAAGAUGCAGAACUGUCGUAUCGUAAUUACAGCAGGAGGUCCAGUCUGUGCAGGAGGCUUUCGCAUGUGGUAAUUCCAGAAAGGCGGACACGAGGAAGUAAUAAUUCAAAUGGAUCAUUGCCAGUGUCUGAUAAAAGAUCUGUCCCCCUUUCAGAUUUUACCGUCUCCGUAAUAAUAGAGGAAGACGAAGACGAACUGGCUCCUGAAGUUGCGGCUCAAGGACUAGAUUCUGCAAGGGACAUGGUAUUGGGCAGGUGUAACCAGCUCGAACCCCUUAGUUUUGAGAAGGCCUUUCCACCCAGGUUUUUUGACAAUUGUAAGAAGAUAGGUGAAGGCUUAUAUGGAGAAGUGUUUUUCUGUCAGUAUAAUUGUACCUCUGACAGGGUGCUUAAGAUUAUCCCCAUUGAAGGUCAUAUCUUGGUGAAUGGGGAGAAACAAAAAAAGUAUGAAGAAGUCCUUUCAGAAUUAGUUAUUGCUAUGGAAUUGAGUAAUUUACGUCAUGAUGCACAGUUCAAAACUAGCUGCUUUGUUGAGGUUGCUCGUUGUGUGUGUGUUCAAGGAAAAUAUCCACAGAGGCUUAUUGAUCUCUGGAAUCAAUAUCAUGAGGAAAAAGUGUCUGAAAAUGAUUCACCAACUAUCUUUGAUGACAGCCAACUCUUUCUCAUAUUUGAAUUGGCUGAUGGUGGCAAAGCAUUGGAAAGUUACUGUUUUACAUCAGCUGCCCAAGCAUUUUCAGCCUUUGUUCAGUUAUCAUUUGCUUUGGCAGUAGCAGAGAUCACUCUGGAAUUUGAGCACAGAGAUUUACACUGGGGUAAUGUGUUAAUAAAGAAGACAUCAGCAAAGCAUAUUACUUUCAAAUUAAGUGGAAAGGAAUUUUCAGUUCCAUCAAAUGGAAUACAGGUCACAGUUAUAGAUUACACUUUAUCGAGAAUGUCAUAUGGUGGCUGUUGCAUUUUCAAUGAUCUGGCUGUGGACCCAGACCUCUUCAUCUCACAAGGAGAUUAUCAGUUUGAAGUGUACCGCUUAAUGCAAAAUACUGUGAAAAAUGAAUGGAGAAAUUUCAGGCCCUACACAAAUAUUCUUUGGUUGCACUACACCUUGGCCAAAAUGUUGCAAGGUGUCAAUUACAAAAACAUCUCCACGAAGAUUCACAAGAAAUUUAGAACAAAGCUAGCAAACUGUUAUAAUGAUGUACUGAAGUAUAAUAGUGCUCAUGAUUUAGUGACUAGUGGGAAUUUACUGGAAAUGAUUAAAUAGUAUCUUCCAGAGAUGAAUAUUUCUGUUGAAGUGGUCGUACACAGCUGAAGUUUCUUUGUACAGAAUGUAUAAUAGUGUUAGGGUCUGAUUCUCUAUUGUUACAAAGCGCGGGGGGGGGGGGGAAUACUAACAGAUAUUGACAUUGCCUUCUGAGGCACAGUGAAUAAACCAGCUAUUCUUUAGAAAUUGGCACCAAAAUCAAUUGCAUAUGACCAGCAUUGUAUGCUCACAAUUGUAUGUUUUUUGUCACAUCCUGUAAGUUUUUCACCUGGUAUUCUGCUUUUGAGGAAAGAAUCUUCCGAACAUGAGUCAAAUAACGUUCCACUAAACAUGGCAGUAAUUAACUUCUGAUUGCUUCAUUUUUAUUUAUAAUUGAUGUUUUAUGUGAGGUGAUCAGCAUUAUCACUAGUAAAAGGUGGACAACUACAUUCAUAGGCAACAUAUCGCAUAGUUCUCAAGUGGUGGUCAUAAUUUCCUAAAGGCCAGGGGGAUUCACAUUUUACACAAUCCGUCGUCAAUUGACUGGUAUUAACACACCGCUUUUGUUGCAUUUUUAUGUUUGACCACAGACUUUCUCAAAGUAAAAGUACACUUGCUUGCACAGUGAAAGCUAAUCUGUGAUUGGUUGGUAACAACACAGAUAUUGGCAGUUGAUUCACUUAUAAUGAGGUGUUAAUGUUCUGGUAGCUAAAAGGAACUCACUACAUGCUGCAUGCCACACACCUAUUUAUAGAAGAACCUAAUAUGAAAAAUCAUAAAAUGUUGAGUUAGAGAUACUGUAUUUUUAAUGUUAAUAUAAAAGAUUGCAAAACAAGCAAUUUCAUUUAACCAAGAGCUGUAUAAAUGGAAAAUAUGGGAAUGCCCACAUGCUGCCAAGGCUUGUUUGAUUAAGCUGCAGAAGUUUCGCAGUAAGCCAUUACACAGCCUCCAUAUAGUCGGGAUCUCUCUGCGAGCAAUUUCCAUGUUUUCGGACCCCCUGAAAGAAAGACGUUCAUGGCCAUUGAUUUGCAUCGACUGAAAAGGUGCAUGCUGCAUGCCUGGGUAUGAUCAUGAUUCCAUAGGCAUCCAGACAUUUUUUGCAUAAAGGCAUAGACAGUCUUGUCUAAGUGGGAUAAUUGUAUUAACAAUUGUGGCUAUUAGUAUUUAAAUAAUAAACAGUUUCGCCGAACUUCCUUUCUAUCUCUCUCGUUUCCAUUUGACUACCCUCUACAAUAGCUGAUUCUUUAUCAAGAAUGCCUGUGGGAAGGACAGGAGGAGAUCGUCGUUAAAUUAAGUUUUGAAUUUAGAUUACUGAUAUCCCUUUUAAUGUCAGUUUUUUAAUUCAUUUCAGUACUAAGUUUGGCCUGUUGUCACCAGCCUCAAAAGUAACUUAAUGUUACCAGUAAGGAUCUUUGCCAGUACAAGAUGGGACUUCCAAUAUUUCUGUUAUGUGCACGUAGUGAAGAGGACACUUUCCACUCAAUAAUGGAAAACACUAUUUUUCCCUGAUAAUAUUAGUAGUUAUUUCCCCAAACAUUAAUUUACAAGGAGUAAAACCAGUCAAUUAAUUCCAUAAAUUGGUUAUUGUGUUUUCAAAAUUCUGUUUGUGAUUUGCUUGUUACAUAUGUAGGGUGUAAUUAGUUAAUUUUCUUCAUUUUUCCUCUCACCAAUAUUUCCCUCUGAAAAAUAGGUUGAAAUCUUCAUAUGUUUGGGUUUAUACAUUCCCAAACAUUGCAUAAACAUUUGAAAUGAACUGUAGCCCCUUGCCUGAUGAUGAUGAUGAUGAUGAUGAUGAUGAAUAAGGAACUGUCACCUUACAAAUGUAGUCCUUUUCUAAUUUGCUAUUAUUGUUAUAGUCCUGUAAUGACCAUAACUUUCAUGUAAAUAACCCGUAAGUUUGUCAAAAUGCUGUUCAAGGAAACACAACUCCCAUUCCCGAUGAAAGAUUUUGUUCUGAAUAAUAUAAACUGCAAACCAUGGAAACUCCAGGUAGGAAUAUCAACACUGUAGAGAAAGGUAAGAUUGCUACUUACUGUAAAGAAGACACAUUAAACAACAAACAAGCUGUCUGCAGCUUAACAUGUGUUCUCUGUGGUAAAUAGCAGCAUAUCUUUUCCUCCAUUGUUAUAUAAUACUGCUUUAGUUUUGGAAGAUAGGAGUAGUUAAUAAUAAACGUGAAUUGUAUCAAAUAGUAAAGAGGUACAGGAAGAGUAUUAUGCUGUUUCUAUUUUUUACCACAGUUGUUUUUGUGUUGAUUAUAAUUUUAAUGUGAUCAGAUAAGGUGUGUUUGGGCCCUCUGAAACCUAUCACACCCUUGUCCAUAAAUUGUUAAAUAUCACUGUUUCUUGUAAUUUUUCCAUUACUUCUGAAUUACCUUCUUCACUGUUAAUAUCAAAGUAUUAUGUAGGUGAUGCCCUUGACAUUUCUUCACUUACCUGGUAGGGAUUUAUUUCAAUACCUAACGCUAUGUCCAAUGUUAUGUCACUGUCACUUUCCUUAUCAACCACUUGUUUUGUCAAUAGUUAUGACACAAUCAAAUUUAAACAGGAAAGGAGAAUAGGGGGAAAAGGCUAGUGGCUCCGUUGGUGGGAUAGAAGGUUAUGUAAUGCAGGAGCUAGAGCGGUAGCUGCAAGAACCUUUAAAACACUGUACGUACAUAGUUCACUCCCUCGUCAUUGACCUCAAAAUUUGCGCUAAUUCUUUUCAUGAUGCCACUUUUUUGACAGCUACUCCUGGUUUGCUACUUAAAAAGGUGAAGGGACUGAUGACCUUGCAGUUUAGUCCCUUUCACUGCAAACCAACCAACCUAAACUAAACCUGGGGCACCACCUGUAAGUUGGCUUGCCAGGUACUCUUGCUUAUGGCAGCUUCACUGUUACUCAAUGAAGAAGAUACACCUGUUGUGAAAGUAUCUUAUGAACAUAUGUAAAAUAAUGUACACCACACUGACUAUAAAUAAAAAUGGAGUGAUUAAAGUUAAUUACUGCAGUGUUCCUUGUCUGAUGACCAGCUUUGUCACAAGUAACAGGAUAAACACUUGUACCAGGUAGGCAAACUACAUUCACAGGCAAAGUUAUCAAAUUGCACAUGAGCACAGUAAUGUUUGCAAUUUCUUGUAGGCUGAGUGGCUCUACAUUUUACGCAAUCUGUCACUGCCUUACUAGUACAGGAUGUAUACACUCUGGAAAAUCCAGGAAAAACCUGGGAAUUUUUUCAUUUGGGAGAAAACCCAUUAAUUAUUCGGAAUCCGGGAAUUUUUCAGGUUUUUAAUUUUCAAUUAAAUAUUUGUAAUUUUGGCUGGCAAGAACUGAUACUCUAACAAAGAAUAUUACUAUAUCCCGCUACUGCAGAAAAAUACUGCAGCAAUAAAACAAACGAGAGAAAACUAUCAAAAUAAAACUUAAGUUGCAUAGGAAAUGCACCAUUUACAACAACAAAACACCAUGCACACACUCAAGUCUGUCAACUGCAAAAGGUGUUGAAGGCCUUACAAUGAAGACUGCGCAGUACUUCGUAACGGCAAGCUGCUUCCUAUGAGCAUGACAUCACAACUGUUUACAUUACGUUCAUUUGAGCAGUUGCCAUUGGGCUCAUGCGCAUGCGCAGUUCAGUCACAUGGUAGCAGUACCUUCUCCCGCUUCUGUGGCUACUUGAAGCCAGUAACUGAAAAAAAUUUUCUCGGACGCCCAAGCUGCCAGAUUCGUCAAUGUGCAGAGCAGUCAGAGUUGUACUGGGGACGCGGGUAGUCUCCACGUGACCCUUGUUUGCAUUUACUGAUUUUGCUGUUUCCUCAUCGUGUACAGCUCCCAUGUCAAAUGAAAACAGUACGGAUUCUGUGGCUGGGAAUUAUCAACUGAAUUAAAGUAUAUUUACAUAAUUACAGAAGGCUGAAAUAUAUUAUUAGUUUCAGUUUUCUGAUUUUAUUUCAUUUCUACAUUUUUGGCAGUCAUGCAAUAAUCACCUUACAGAAAGAUGAAGUUAUUUUGUCGGUUUGCUAGAGGAAUUUGACUUUUAUUAAUAUUUUUCCACUGAGGCGGUCAAUUUAUUUGAAACAAAGCAUUUCAUUACACAGUUCCAAUUGUUCGCUGAAUUUUAAGUACACGUUUUCAUUUUCUGGUACAUAUGGCAUUUUGCCAUAAUAAAAAACCAAACACGAGAUAGUACAGUACUGGUACUCUAAGAAAAUUUGCAUCCCGAAAAGCACACUGGAAAGCUUAAUAUCAGGUUGGGGCCCACUGUAUUGCGAAAUGAAUGUGCACUUCAAGUGGAACUAUACAUUUUAGUAUGGUUUACGAACUUCGGAUACUCUUGCAGUAUCCCCUGAUGUCCUGUUUCUUUUAUGACGUAAGUUAUCUUAAUGCAAAAUGUACGAACAUAUGGGCUUCCUAAGCUAUCGUAGCAGUGCAAUCACAGUAAUGCCUGUUUUCUGGCAAACACUGGCAACUGUUGAAAUGAAUCUAUUUCUAACAGGUAUCAGGAAAAUAUUGUGAAUGGUGUUUUGAAAUGUGUUACUUUCAAAGAUGAAUUAUGUUACGUGUGAGAAUGUGUGAUGAAUUUCAUAACUCGCAUAACGUUUGACUCUCGUUUACGACUUAACAAUUUGAAGACCAGUCGCUUAGAAGAAUUUCAAGACCAGAUAUUUAUGUCAUAAUUUUAAAUUUUCCGGGUAUAUUUGUGUGAUGUAUCUUAUUGUAACUCAAACAAACAAAAACAAUAUUACGUGUGAAAGCUUAGAUUCUCUUGCAGCUUAUUAAUCUUAGACGUCAAUAUAAUAAGUAAAAGCUUAGCUUUUCUUGUA